UGUUGAUGGUGUAGGUCUCGUUGCGGACGGUGACUGGGACUAUCUAUAUUCUGAAGUUGUCCCAUUAGCUUCAUGUUCAGCAUGGCAACAGAUUAGCAGCACGAGCGGCCUAUAUCCAGUUGAUCCAGACGGCACCGGGGCUGCGAGCGCUUUCAAUGUGCAUUGUAAUAUGUCGACGUCUCCAGCCACGGCGAUUUUCCACCACGAUCAGGAGUCAAGGACGCAUGUUGACGGCUAUAAAGACGCUCAGUCCUACUCCACUGCACUGUCAUAUGGACUAAGCAUAGAGCAAAUGGCUGCGUAUGUGGACAGGGAAGGAAUCAGUUGUUCCCAGCACAUGAAAUACGAAUGCAAGGGCUCCGUCAUCUUGAAAAGUGGUACUAUCUACAGUGCAUGGUAUGACCGGAGUGGACAGCAGGCGCCAUUUUGGGCUGGAGGAGAUCCCAGCGGCGCCAUGGGCAACUGCGCAUGCUCACGAGAUGGAACUUGUGAAGAUGCAGACAUGAACUGCAACUGUGACGUAGAGGACAACAACGAGUGGCGAUCAGACGAGGGCGUUAUCACCGAGUCCAGUUACUUACCGAUAACCAGGGUCACGUUUGGGGACACGGGUGGAUCCGAAGAAGGCUACCACACCAUCGGUCCACUGGUCUGUGAAGGAUAAUUGGAAUAUAGCCUAACAGUAAAGACAGAGAGCCACUGAGUUGUAUGAUUUUGUGUUGAAGAUUUUAUGUGUGUUAUUUAAGUUGAUAUUUGGUUAAAGUUAUUCUAAAACAUCAUGUUUAGACAUACAGUUGUAAGCGUAAUUUCCUUUAUGUCAUAAGCGGUGUUUUCAUAAGACACGCCCCUCUAAUAUUGUAUAUAUGUUUAGACUGAUGCUUCGCGGUUCUGGAUAAAAAAAGUCUAAGGAGGGUUUACUCAUACUGGUCAUCUCUCUUCUGUUGGCUCUUCAUUGUCAUGUUUAUACAGCUCUUUUUGGAAACCAGUCGAUCGAUGACAAAAGUUCGCCAAAUGGCACUUUUUUUCGGAGUCACAAAUCAUCUAGCUGGGCGCCUUAAUUAUGUAUACAUUUAACUAUCCUAGCUAACCCAAUUUGUGCGAAUAAAAUAAACGUUGUGUAAAUAAUGUAUAGACUAUAUGUAAGUCAGCGAUUUUUGUCACACUUUUACAGGGUAUAUAGGCACUUUGUCUAUACAAUUUAUAUAUUCUGAUAGCUGCAUCUGUCAGUUGGCGCUCUGGCAGUCCAACACGUUAUUUUGCCUGAGAUUGCAAUACCAUCUUUAAAUAUAUUGAUAUGAGUG